AUGCCGAUAUCCGAUGGAGCCGUUCCCGAGGCUACUGGGAACCGACGAAUGACCGUUACAGCUCGUAGAAUAUCAGCCGAAGACAAGCGCCAGAUGAACAACAGUCGCCACAACCGCCAGGAGGAUCAGCGAGCACGUGACGAGUAUGAUCGGGCGUGUGCCACACGUACCAAGGAACAGAUGCAAUGGAUGGAGCGCGGGAUGGCCAGACUGAGGGGUCGUCUGGCUUUGGACCGGCUCCCCCAACCGUCAGCCCAACGCUGA